GAUACAUCCACAUCUACAGUGCCAAAAUGGUGCAACCUCUGCGAGUUCCCAUCGUUGACCUCUCUCUCCUGCGACAACGCUCCGAUCAUACCAACUCUCCGAUUAUCAAAGACAUCCAUGAAGCUUGCCGAAACAUCGGCUUCUUUCAUGUUGUUCAUCAUGGUAUACCCGAAUCAGUGAUUGAAGGAGCCUUAGAAGUGAACUCAGAAUUCUUCAACUUACCGACGGCGAUUAAAGAAGAGCUCAUCUCCGAUGAUGUGUUGAAGCCGGUGAGAUUUGGUAAACUUGUUGGUGAAGAUGAGGGCAAUAGCAAGUUCAUGAGGGAUUUCCUUAAGUUGUGUGCUUAUCCUUUUGAAGAUUUUGAAGCUUUAUGGCCUACAAGUCCUCCUAACUACAGGGAAAAGAUGGGGAUGUACAGUUCAGAAGUUAGGAAAGUAAGCAUUGAAAUAUUUGAAGUCAUCAUGGAGAGCUUAAACUUGGGUGCAACAUACAUGAGAGAGAAUUUCAACCAAGGCUGCCACAUUUUGGGCAUAAACAGCUAUCCACCAUGUUCCGAAUCAGACAUCAAGGCGGGCAUAACGCCCCACACAGAUUAUGGCCUCAUCACCAUACUCUUACAGACUCACCCGGGGCUUGAGGUCGUGGACAGAACCGAUGGUAAAUGGAAGGUCGUCCCUGAGGUUAAAGGGUCUCUGCAAGUUCUUGUUGGAGAUCAAUUGCAAGUAAUGAGCAAUGGUUUAUACAGGAGUGUCGUGCACCGGGCGAUUCCUAGCCACUGGAAAACCAGGAUGUCAAUUGCCAGUGCUCAUAGCCUAGCCAUGGAUGAGGUAGUUGAGCCUGCUAUGAAGCUGUUAGAUGAAGGGCACCCAAAAGCUUACAAGGAGAGCAGUUUAAGAGAAUAUCUCAAGCAUCUCUCCGUUAGACAAACAAGAACUUUUAUUGAAACACUUCAAAUCUAAACGCCAAACUUGGUUUAUAUACUUGAAAUAUUAGUCACCCGAAUCUUGCUGACUCUAUUAAAUCAAAGAAUUGUGAUGAUCCUGGCAUAAAUUCCUCCAUAUAGUUUUUGUUGGUUUAUUUUUAUGGACUCUAGUUUGUAUAUGUGAUCCGG